AUGAGAUUAUUAAUUGUUACAGCUAGAAGUCUAAUAUGGAUGCUCUUAAGCCUCCUCUGCACACUAAUGAUGCUCAGCGCCCUGCUCAGCCCCACUUGGAUAACUUCGACCCCUCAAGCUGCAACUUUUGACAAUGAAACAGUUUCAUACACUCCAAGUCUUGGCGUAUAUGCUAAAUGCGGAAAACCGAUAGGAAAAAACCAUCCGGUUUGUACGUUAAUGUCAGCAGGAGGUUUGUCAGCCGACUCAAAGGUUUAUCCUAGUGUUUGGAAGGCAGCAACAGUGUUUUUGGCUAUGGGACUGUUUGUUAUGAGCAUAACAGUUUGUACUAGUCUAGUAAGCUGCUGUAUUCAGAGUUUGUUUCGAAAAAGUAUUUUCACUUUGUCUGGAGCGGCACAGUGUAUUGCUGGUAUUUGCUUCAUUCUUGGAGUAAUGCUACAUCCAAUGGCAUGGGGGACUCAAAGAGUACACAAACUAUGUGGACCAGAAUCGUCACCCUUUUAUUUAGGGGAUUGUUCCUUAGGGCUAGGGCUCUACGUAGCAAUUGGCAGUACUGUUUUAACAUUUAUUUGUGCCUGUCUAUCAUUGCCUGCUGAAAAAUCUACGAGCAGCGAUAAGGUGCAGGAUAAAAUUUACGAGGGACAAACUUUGAUAUGUUUGACAUAA